CGUACACUAGUGCAGAGCUGUACCUCGAGGGACCGGGUCCAGAAGUUUCGUUCUAUUUUGAUGAUGCCAGUUUGAAGGAGAUACCAGAAGACACUAUUUGGGAAACUGAUGCUAAUGCGAGAAUUGAGAAAAUUAGAAAAAGUACCAUACAUUUUAAGUUUAAUCUUGGGUCAAAUUUUAACGCCAAAGACAUCGAAGUUCAGAUUGACCAUGUCCGCCAUCUCUUUGGUUUUGGGUCCGUGCUUCGAAGUGACUUUCUCAUAGACGACGACUACAAACAGUACCAGAACAUCGUGCAGUACAUGUUCAACUGGGUGACCAUACAGGACUUCAAGUGGCCCUACAAUAGAGGCACACGGGAAAAUCCUGACUACAAUGUUGCAGUGGCGGCAACCGACGCACUCCGCAAGAUGGGGAUAAAAGUUCGAGGUCACUGUAUGUUCUGGGCAGUGAAGGGGAAUGAACCAGAUUACGUAUCCCCGUUAACUGGUCAGGACUUGAAGGACGUUGUGGAUGAACAUAUAAAGUACAUGACCAACAUUACGAAAGGAAAAGUGUCUCACUGGGAUGUGAACAAUGAACUGUUACAUGGACGCUUCUACGAGGACGGCACUGGGGAUCAGAACUUCACUUUCCACAUGUUCAAGGCGAUCCACGCCGCAGACCCGACCCCAGACUUGUUUCUCAACGAUUAUGAUGUUGUUGCAGGAGGCAGCCAUACUCUGGAAUACCUUGAUCAGAUCAACACGUUCAAGGCCGCCAAAGUUGGCUUGGGUGGCGCGGGUGUACAGAGCCACUUGCAGGACUUGACGGAACCAGAUCCUACAUUGCUCAAGGCUCGGCUGGACCAUCUGGCUAAAGCUGGCGUGCCUCUCUGGGUCACAGAACUGGACUUGGCUGCACCUGAUGAGAGCAAGAGGGCAGACUGGUAUGAGAAAGUUCUUCGCCUCUACUUCAGUCAUCCAGCUCUUCAUGGAGUCAUAUUCUGGGGUUUCUGGGAUCACGAAACAGAUCCACUUAAAGCAAUGGUUCAUGGAUAUGGAUAUACCCUGGAUGAAGCUGGCAAGCGCUUUCUCCGACUGACCAAGAAAGACUGGAGCACCCAUGAAAACAAAUCUCUGGCAGACGGAACAUCUUUUGACGUGGAGGGUUUCCAAGGCGACUACAAUGUGACGGUGUACUAUCGAGGGAAACCCAUACAGAUUAGUUCCUUCUCUCUGGGCAAAAGUAACAAGAAUGUCAAUAUCAACAUAAAUGGAGACGGAAGUGAAAUUAGGUUACCUCCUGUGGUGGACCCAUUCGAGCACGUGGACAUCAUACACGAGACAACGACUCAGAACAUGUACGUAGUCGGACAAGCGGCAUCAACAUCCACCUCGGCAAAACUGUCAUGUGUCACCCGGAAGUCUGCAGAGUCAGAGAUUGGGGACGACAUAAGAGUCGAUGUAGCUUGCAACAGUGAUGAGGUUCUGACCGGGUGCUCCAGCUACCUGAAGAACAACGACUGGCGUCGAGAUGGUGAGCAGAUCGUUCUAACCAAUGGAACAGUUGUGUGCAUGGCAAUUGACGGUUUCCGGUCUACAGUUGGUACUCAAGCAAUUGCUCGCUGCUGCAGUCUCCAAGGGUUGUCCUGCACGUAUAAGACUGCUGGGCCAUCAGGUACAGGCAUUGAUGACCAGGUCCUGGUUCCCUGCGCAGACAUAGAAUACCCUUUAGGCUGCUCUACGCUGUCAUACCAAUCUGAAUCUGACGGAACCUUAAUUGCAAAUAACACCUGCAUUUCUCAGAAUGAUGACCCAGCGGCUGGCGUGUAUUCGUAUGCUUCCUGCUGCAAAGGGGAAAGCCUCAAAUGCUCGUCUAUUGUGUCCGCUCCAAGUGGUCAGAAUGUUGGAGACAAAGCUUCAGCGGAGUGUCCUUCAGGCAGUGUUCUCACUGGAUGUAAUGUUUUCUCCAAAAAUGGUCGAGCUGCAGGAGCCUACAUUGAAAAUGGCGCUGACGUCUGCACUGCAGUAAAUGGAUUUGUCAAAUAUGGAGAUGAGAUUGGCGUUCAGGCGGUAGCCUCAUGCUGUCAUACGUAA